GAAUCCCCUGGUUGGGCCUGGGUUCUCCUGAGGUUUUUUUUCUCGAUUAGAGUUUUGGGUUCCUCGCCACCGUUUGCAUACUGUUUUUGCACUAUCUGCCUGACCGGGGGGGCUGCUUUAGAAUCUUAAAGUUUUACUUAAUUAAUAUUGCAUAUAGGAAUUUAUAGUCUGUUAUAUUUGACCUGUGCUUCUCUCUCCUUUAUCCUAAAUGUGUGCUCUCACUGAGCGUGUGUGUGUGUGCGUACUUGUCUGUGUACGUACGUGUGUGUGUGUGUGUGUGUGUUGUGUGUGCGUGCGCAUCCGUGUGUGUGUGUGUCUCUGUGUCUGUGUGUGUUGGUGCGUGUUGUGUGUGUGGAGUGUUUUGUAUGUGGGUGUGUCUGUCUUCUGUGUUUUCAACCUUUUCUUGUUUUUGCAGGUACAACUUUGAUUGUUUUGCUUGUAGUCAAUGUGUCUCAUGUACAGCUGCUUUGUAACAAUGAAAAUUGUAAAAGCGCUAUAUAAAUAAAGUUGAGUUGAGUUGAGUUGAGAAUAAAAUAUAAUAGUACAAUAUACAAAUUAGCAAUUCUUUUACAGUCUGCAGUGUCCAAGAGCUUGGACAUUUACAACGGACUUUAAUUAUUAUCCUAUCCAUUUCUCAAUUCAAAAUUAUCUAAUAAUUUUCAUACAUAUAUACAGAUAUGUGUAUUUUAUGACGUGCCUCGAGUCUGACAGUUUUAGAGAUCCGGUUAAAGACAGUUAUUACAAAUACGUAACCAAUGCAGUACAUAAAGAAUACAGCAGGGGGUAUAUUUGUAGAUGGGACUUUUAUUUUGACGUUCUGUCUUUUUGUUCGUGGUUUGUGUUUGUUUGUUGUAUCUGGAUUCGCUGGGGUUCACGGACGGGUUUCCAUUUUCACGGUUGGACGCGAACAGAACAAUAAUAAUAUGGAUCCGGACAUGGAGGACAAAACCCUUGAGCUGAUGUGUUCUUUGCCUCGUUCUGUCUGGCUGGGUUGUUCCUCGGUGGCCGAGAGUCUGUGUGCUCUUAGAUGCCUGCAGAGCCUCCCCACCUCCCGGGCCCACGACCAGAACAUGAUGGGGAUGGAGUCACAAACAAACACAGAUGAAGUCCUGCAGAAGAAGACAUCAGUAUAUAAGUUAGGGAACGGUUCGGUGGUGGCUUCGAGGAAGAGGUUAUCUCAAGGGAACUUCGAGACGGAGAAAGAACUGUGCAUCCAGCUGUUCGAUCAGUGGUCAGAAUCUGAUCAGGUGGAGUUUGUGGAACGUCUGAUCUCACGAAUGUGCCAUUACCAACACGGCCAUAUAAACUCAUACCUUAAACCUAUGUUACAGAGAGACUUCAUCACAGCGCUGCCAGCUCAGGGUCUGGAUCACAUAGCCGAGAACAUCUUGUCGUUCCUGGACGCUCGUUCCCUAUGCUCCGCUGAGCUGGUAUGUAGAGAAUGGCAGAGGGUCAUCUCAGACGGGAUGCUGUGGAAGAAACUCAUCGAGAGGAUGGUCCGCACAGACCCCCUGUGGAAAGGCCUGUCAGAGCGACAUCAGUGGGAGAAAUAUUUGUUUAAAAACCGAACGAACGAAGUCCCGCCCAAUUCAUACUACCAUUCACUCUAUCCCAAAAUUAUACAGGACAUUGAGACGAUUGAAGCGAACUGGCGCUGUGGACGUCACAAUCUUCAGAGGAUUCAGUGCCGGUCAGAGAACAGUAAAGGAGUUUACUGCCUCCAGUAUGAUGACGAAAAGAUCAUCAGCGGCCUGCGAGACAACUCCAUCAAAAUCUGGGAUAAGCAGACUCUGGAGUGUUUAAAGGUUCUGACGGGUCACACUGGAUCAGUUCUGUGUCUGCAGUACGACGACAGAGUUAUAGUGACGGGCUCCUCUGAUUCUACUGUCAGGGUUUGGGACGUUUCUUCUGGUGAGGUUCUCAACACUCUGAUCCAUCACAACGAGGCGGUUCUGCACCUGCGCUUCUGUAACGGGCUAAUGGUCACGUGUUCUAAAGAUCGCUCCAUUGCAGUGUGGGACAUGGCGUCGGCCACAGACAUCAGCUUGCGCCGGGUGCUCGUGGGUCACCGCGCCGCUGUCAACGUGGUGGACUUUGACGACAAAUACAUCGUGUCUGCGUCCGGAGACAGGACCAUUAAAGUAUGGAGCACAAGCACGUGUGAGUUUGUACGGACUCUUAACGGUCACAAGCGCGGCAUCGCCUGCCUUCAGUACCGAGACAGACUGGUGGUCAGUGGAUCUUCAGACAACACUAUCAGGUUGUGGGACAUUGAGUGCGGCGCUUGUCUGCGUGUUUUGGAGGGUCACGAGGAGCUGGUCCGCUGCAUCCGAUUCGACAACAAGAGGAUUGUGAGCGGAGCAUAUGAUGGGAAAAUUAAAGUUUGGGAUUUGCAGGCCGCUCUGGAUCCACGAGCCCCCGCCAGUACACUGUGUCUGCGCACACUUGUGGAGCAUUCUGGGCGUGUGUUCCGUCUGCAGUUUGAUGAGUUCCAGAUUAUUAGCAGUUCCCAUGACGACACAAUACUUAUAUGGGACUUCCUGAACGUUUCCACCAAUGGACAGCCAGAUGGACGGUCGCCCUCACGAACCUAUACGUACAUCUCUAGAUAGCAGGUCCCUCUUCUAUGUGCUAGAGUUUCCUGGGAGAGCUGAGAGCUGAUUGGUCGUUGGCCGUGUCUGUCAAGGAAUGAUAUCGGAUGGUCGCCGCCUCUUCUCUGACUGGCUAUAAACUUUAAAAAACAUGCACAUGCCCACACGAACUCUCAUGUAUUCACGCUUUGCCAAACAAAACACACACUAAAGACUCGGAAGCGCUACAUGCGGGAACACUUGAGAAUCUUGAAACAAAGCACCGUUCUGCUUUUGCGUGGUGGGAAAAUGACAAGCACAAACACACAUGCACACGCGCGCACACACACGCACACACACACUCAUGUUUUUCAGCUUGAGACAGUAUCUGUAUUUUAUUGCUGCUCAGAUAACCAGAAUAAUCUCGUGGUGAAGCUCGACAGUAAUGUACGAUUGAUGGACGGUUCACGGACAAGGGUGAGACACGAACGAUUUUGGGACUGUUGGGAGAGAAUGACACUGCAGAAGGAAACGAAGACUUGCAGAAAUGAACGUUUGGAGAGCGCUCUUUGCCUCGCCAGCGUUCUGGUGUUUUCUCAGCACACCUCUCCUUUAGGAUCACGGACACGCGGGUUUACUCAGGCUGGAUGUGUGGACCGGAGGUCAGCAUGCAUGUGAGGCUCGACUGGACGCCUCUUUCCCUUCUGUCUUUCAUUUUUAUGAUUUUUUAAUUUAUCUUUAUCUCUUUAUUAUGGUUGUUUGCCACUCAAUGUCUAGUCUGUUUCUCUCUCUCUGCCUGCCUGCUCAUUGAGGGCCGACUAGUUGUGAACAGAUUUGUCUUGUCAGAUUGUGUUGUAUAUUAAAAGAGUUUUUUUUUUAUGAAAAAUAUUGUGAAUAAAGAACUUGAUCAUG